UCCUCACUCAUCUCCCCCAUCACUGGCCCCACAGAAUCCCUGCUCAGCACCCCCCACCCCAAGCCAGAGCCCCCGUGCCAGCCUCCCCCCACCUGGGCAGAAUGGGCAAGGAGAAGACUCACAUCAACAUUGUGGUCAUCGGCCACGUGGACUCAGGCAAGUCCACCACAACGGGUCACCUCAUCUACAAAUGUGGGGGCAUCGACAAGAGGACUAUUGAGAAGUUUGAGAAGGAGGCGGCUGAGAUGGGAAAGGGCUCCUUCAAGUACGCCUGGGUGCUGGACAAGCUGAAGGCGGAGCGGGAGCGGGGCAUCACCAUUGACAUUUCCCUCUGGAAGUUCGAGACCACCAAAUACUACAUCACUAUCAUCGAUGCCCCGGGCCACCGAGACUUCAUCAAGAACAUGAUCACCGGCACAUCCCAGGCGGACUGUGCGGUGCUGAUCGUGGCAGCAGGUGUGGGUGAAUUUGAGGCUGGCAUCUCUAAGAAUGGGCAGACCCGGGAGCACGCGCUGCUGGCCUACACCCUGGGAGUGAAGCAGCUCAUUGUGGGUGUCAACAAGAUGGACUCCACAGAGCCAGCCUACAGCGAGAAGCGUUAUGAUGAGAUCGUCAAGGAGGUCAGCGCCUACAUCAAGAAGAUUGGCUACAACCCAGCUACAGUGCCCUUUGUGCCCAUCUCAGGCUGGCAUGGGGACAACAUGCUGGAGCCCUCGCCCAACAUGCCAUGGUUCAAGGGCUGGAAGGUAGAACGCAAGGAAGGGAAUGCGAGUGGCGUGUCCCUGCUAGAGGCCUUGGAUACCAUCCUGCCCCCCACCCGCCCCACGGACAAGCCCCUGCGUCUGCCUUUGCAGGAUGUGUAUAAGAUCGGCGGUAUUGGCACUGUGCCCGUGGGCCGAGUGGAGACGGGCAUCCUUAGGCCGGGCAUGGUGGUUACUUUUGCACCGGUAAACAUUACCACGGAGGUGAAGUCGGUGGAAAUGCAUCACGAGGCGCUCAGCGAGGCCCUGCCUGGUGACAACGUUGGCUUCAACGUCAAGAACGUGUCCGUCAAGGAUAUCCGCCGGGGCAACGUGUGUGGGGAUAGCAAGUCUGAUCCGCCUCAGGAGGCUGCCCAGUUCACCUCCCAGGUCAUCAUUCUGAACCACCCUGGGCAGAUCAGCGCUGGCUACUCGCCAGUCAUUGACUGCCACACGGCCCACAUUGCCUGUAAGUUUGCUGAACUGAAGGAGAAGAUCGACCGGCGCUCUGGCAAGAAGCUGGAGGACAACCCCAAGUCCCUGAAGUCCGGUGAUGCAGCCAUAGUAGAGAUGGUGCCCGGGAAGCCCAUGUGUGUGGAGAGCUUCUCACAGUACCCACCUCUUGGCCGCUUUGCGGUGCGCGACAUGCGGCUCUACGUCAGCGACUGGAUGCUCGCCAUCAAGGUCCAGUGGAAGUUCUUCAAGAGGAAAAGCGCCCCCGCCCCAGGCUUCCGCGCCCGCGUCCGUCCCGCUUAG